AUGGCUGCCCCGCGGGACCUGGCAUCUGACUCUGCCCCGGCUGCAGAAGCAGUCGCCCCGGUUACGUGGGUGCCGAGGGCUCGGGCCCCCGCCUCGGCGCUUCACACCCACCCCUGUGAGGCGGUGGCCGUCUCAGAGCGGGCGGCAGCAUGCAUGCUGUGUCGCCGGGCAGAGGCUGAUCCGGAUAUCUGUGGGCGCAAACUGGAGAAGCAAGGGCUCUGGGCCCAUGAGUUUUGCCUGUUUUUCGGCAAUGGGAUUUUUCAGCUACGGAGUAUGGAUGGGGUUCAUCUUGUGGAUAUUAGACGCACAAUCGAGCAGGCAACUUGGAAGGACUGCUUCGUCUGUGGCAAGAGUGGGGCCACCAUCACCUGCCGGGAGACAGGCUGCAACCGCAGCUUCCAUCUCCCCUGUGCCGUGGAGGGUGAAUGCAUCACCCAGUACUUUGGGCUCUACAGGUCCUUCUGCUGGGAGCACCGCCCAGAGCAGGCAGUGGAGGCUGCUCCGGAGGAGACCACCACCUGCCUCAUGUGCAUGGACUCUGUGGGGCACAGAAAGUCCUACAGCACCAUGGUGUGCCCAGCCUGCAAACACGCCUGGUUCCACAGGGGCUGCAUCCAGAAACAGGCUACCCACGCUGGCUUCUCCUGCUUCUGCUGCCCACAUUGUAAAAAUGAACAUCGAUUUCUGAUGGAAAUGCUCAACAUGGGACUCCGAAUCCCCAGGAGAGGACCAUCAUGGGAGGAAAACAGUGCCUAUGAAGAAUUAUAUGAGAGGCACAGCCGCUGCGAUGCCAGUCAGUGCCUUUGUCCAGGAGGCAGGGAGCGGACAGAGGAAGAGGGGCCCUGGCAACUGCUCCUGUGCUGCUCCUGCGCUGCCGAGGGCACCCACAGACGCUGCUCCAACUUGAAGCACAGCACGGCCAGCUGGGAGUGCAGCAGCUGUGCUGGCCUGGGCACCGUCUCCAGUGCCAGCUCGGAGCUCGCCGGCUCCAGCACCACAAGCCAGUCAGGACUGGGGCCUUCCCACAGCUCACCGGCGCCUGAGACCAGGAGCCCAAGCACCAGCAGCCUGGCGGCAUCGGCGUCCCCCCAUGGCUCCCUGGCACCAGGGACCAGCAGCCCUAGCACUGGUAGGCAGGUGGCAUCAGAGCUGCCCCAUGGCUCCCCAGUGCUUGAGGACACCAGCUGCUCUAGCACCCCUGGGCCCGAGCGGGUGCGAGACCGCUCCCGCUUGCAACGUCGGGCCCAAAACCCCUACAGCCGGCCCAGAAGACACCGUGAGAGGAGCCGGGCACCAGCACCGAGUGCUCAGACCAGCACCCCCAGCCAGGUGGCAGCUGGGGUGUCCCACAGCUCCCCAGCACCUGAAGCGAGCAGCCCCAGCCCUGACAGCCAGCUGCCAUCAGGGACCUCCUGCAGCUCUCCAGCACUGCAGAGCAGCAGCCGCUCCAGCACCCCUGGGCCCGAGCGGGUGCGUGACCGCUCCCGCUUGCAACGUCGGGCCCAAAACCCCUACAGCCGGCCCAGACGACACAACGAGACCAGGCGUGCAACAUCGCCAAGUGCUGGCUGCGAUCCCUCUCCACCGGCACAAUAA